GCCCCCUGCCUGCGCGCCACCUCAGCUAGGCGCGGCUGCCGAGUGGCAGAGGCCGGAGUGAAAGCGGUCAGUGCGGACCUCUCCGGACCUCUCCGGACCCGCCCGAGACCCGAGCCAGGCCCUGCCGGCGGAGCACGGCCCCGCCCCGUCCGGACCAACGUGGCCUCCCUGCAGCCACCUUUACCUUCUCAUGACAAGUGGUGGGACCUUAGUGGUAUAAGCAAUGGCCUCUGACCUCCUGACAACCAGGUUCCACCAGGAAUUACUGACCUUCCGAGAUGUGGCUGUGGGCUUCAGCCAGGAGGAGUGGGGGCACCUGCACCCGUAUCAGAAGGCGCUCUACCGAGACGUGAUGCUAGAGAACUACCAGAACCUGGUCUUUCUGGGGCUUGUUGUCUCCAAGCCAGCCAUGAUUGACCAGUUGGAACGAGGAGAAGAGCCCUGGAUUGCAGAGGGAGAUGUCCCCAGAGGCCCCUGUCCAGGUUGGGAGAGUUGGCCUGAAAUCAAACAGUCAGUUCCAAAGCCGGGCAUUUCUAUGGAAGAAUACCAGGAAAGACUCACAAGUUAUGGUCCCCAGACCUCCCAUCUGGAAGAAACCUUAGAAGGUGGGGCUAGGUUAGAGAGGCCACAGAAUAAUGAGGAAAAACCUUUUGAAUGUAAUGAUUGUGGGAAGACCUUUCGCCUAAGCACAGCUCUUGCUAUGCAUCAGAGAGUUCAUACUGGAGAAAAACCUUAUGUAUGUAAUGAGUGUGGGAAGGCCUUCAGGCAGAGGGCACAUCUUACUCAACAUCAGAAAAUCCAUUCUGGAGAGAAACCUCAUGAAUGUCAAGAAUGUGGGAAGGCUUUUCGCCUAAGUGCAGCUCUUGCCAUGCAUCAGAGAGUUCAUACUGGAGAGAAACCUUAUGAAUGUACAGAAUGUGGGAAGGCCUUCAGACAGAGGGCACAUCUUACUCAACAUCAGAAAAUUCAUACAGGUGAGAAACCUCAUCAGUGUAAAGAAUGUGGGAAGGCCUUUCGCCUGAGCACAGCUCUUACUAUGCAUCAGAGAGUUCAUACUGGAGAGAAACCUUAUCAAUGUAAGGAAUGUGGGAAGGCCUUUCCCUUCAGCACAGCUCUUAUUAUGCACCAGAGAGUUCAUACUGGAGAGAAACCUUAUCAUUGUAAUGAGUGUGGGAAGGACUUCCGCAUGAGUACAGCUCUUACUAUGCAUUUGAGAAUUCAUACUGGAGAGAAGCCAUAUGAAUGUGAUGAAUGUGGGAAAGCCUUUUCCAGGAGCACAGACCUUACUCACCAUCGGAGAGUUCAUACAGGAGAGAAACCUUACCAAUGUGAUGAAUGUGGGAAGUCCUUCAGGUGGUGGACACAUCUCACUCGACAUCAGAGACUUCAUACAGGAGAAAAGCCUUAUCAAUGUGAAGAAUGUGGGAAGGCUUUCAGCCGCAGGACACACCUUACUCGGCAUCAGAAAGUUCAUAGUGGGAAACAGAGCAGUGAGGAAAAAUCUCACGGAUGUAGUGAAUGUGGCAAGGCCUUCAGCCGGAAGACGCAUCUAACUCAGCAUAGGAGAAUUCAUACUGGAGAGAAACCUUAUGGAUGUAGUGAAUGUGGGAAAUUCUUUAGCCGGAGGACAAAUCUUACACGCCAUCAGAGCAUUCAUAUUACAGAGAAACCUUAUCAGUGUAAUGAAUGUGGUAAGGCUUUCUGCCAGACCAAAGAACUUACUCGACAUCAAAAGAUUCAUACAGGAGAGAAACCUUAUGAGUGUAAUGAAUGUGGGAAGGCUUUCUUUCAGAAGAGAGACCUUACUCAACAUCAGAAUGUUCAUACUGGAGAUAAACCUUAUACAUGUAAUCAGUGUGGCAAGAUGUUUCGACACAGUACAGUUCUAAUUGGGCAUCAGAGAGUUCAUUCUGGAGAGAAGCCUUAUGAAUGUAAGGAAUGUGGGAAGUCUUUUACUUGGAGAACAUAUCUUACUCGACACCUGAGAGUUCACACUGGAGAGAAACCUUUUCAGUGUAAUGAAUGUGGGAAGGCCUUCUUUCAGAAAAAAGAACUCACUCGACAUCAAAGGAUUCACACUGGAGAGAAACCUUAUGAAUGUAAUGAGUGUGGGAAGGCUUUCUACCGGAGGACAGACCUUACUCAGCAUCAACGCGUUCACACUGGAGAGAAGCCUUACCUGUGUAAAGAAUGUGGGAAGGCCUUUAACAGGAACACACACCUUACCCAACAUCAGCGAAUCCACAAGGGAGACAGACCUCAUCAAUGCACACAAUGUAGGAGGGCGUUCUUUCAGAUAAAGGAACUUGUUAGACACCAGAGAAUUCACACUGGAGAGAAACCUUAUGAAUGCACAGAAUGUAGGAAAGCCUUCUUCGAGAAAAAAGAACUUAACCGACACCAGCAGAUUCAUUCUGGAGAAAAACCUUAUGUGUGUGUAGAAUGUGGCAAGUCUUUCCUCCGAAAGACACAUCUUAGUGUGCACCAGAGAGUUCACACUGGAGAGAAACCUUAUCAGUGUGGUGAAUGUGGGAAGGCUUUUUGUCAGAGCUCAGCUCUCAAUCUACACCGGAGAAUUCACAGAGAGAAACCUUAUCAGUGUAGUCAAUGUGGGAAGGCUUUUUGCCAGAGCUCAGGUCUUCACCUACACCAGAGAGUUCACACUGGUGAGAAACCUUAUGAAUGUAAUGAAUGUGGGAAGGCUUUCUGCUUGAACACAGCUCUUACUGUGCAUCAGAGAGUUCACACAGGAGAAAAACCUUAUGAAUGUAAUGAAUGCGGGAAAUCCUUCAUUCGGAGGACUCACCUUACUAGACAUCAGAGGGUUCACAAUGGAGAGAAGCCUUAUGAAUGUAAUAAAUGUGAAAAGUCUUUUAGCCAGAGGUCACAUCUUACUAAACACCAGAAAGUUCACACUUGAGAGUUUGAUGAAUAAUGAACGGGAUGGGGAAAGCCUUCUCUUAGGAGUAUA